AUGGGAGGUAAAACGUCAAAGGGACAAAGUUCUGGCGAUAAAGAAGGGAAAACGAAUGAAGCUCUGCAAGAUCUUACAAAAAAUAAAAAAUGGGUCCAACAAAUGAAAGAGUAUUUUGACGCCGUCGACUUAAACAAGAAUGGGUAUACCUCACAGUUGAGGAGAUUUUACAAUGGUCAGACAACAUGAAAGAAUUAUGUAGUCAGAUUACCCAAGAAGAAUGUGAAAACUUGAAGAAGUGUUUGAAGAUUUUUAUGGAGCGGCUGGUCUCCUGCCUGGAAAACAAGUCACGAAAGAAGAAUUUCUCGAGGGCGUGAGUCAUCUUAGCGUAGCCGAGCUUGAGAAGAAGAAGCUUGGUGAGGAGACUUUGAUGGAAAGUCUUUGUAAUGCCUUUUAUAAAGCGAUGGAUCGUAAUGAUGAUGGUAAAAUCACAGUGAAUGAAGUUAAAACUAUCAUGAAAGCUUGUAAUAUGACGGAAGAGAAAGCUGAGAAAUGGUUUAAUUUAGCAGAUAAAAAUAAAAAUGGCGUUGUUGAGACUCAUGAGUUGACUAAUGCUGAGUUUGAGUCUUGGUUCUGUCCCGAACCAGAGGAAGAUAACACUGAAUAG